AGGAAGCUGCUGGGAUCAUGGGUGCUGAUGGCAUUUUCCUUGCGGCCGUCUCCCUCCUUUCUGCCCUCCAGCAAUAUCAUUUUGCUUGGCUGGUGAGGAGAUCAAGAAUGAAGCACAAGGUCGUGCCCCCAGCUGUCACUGGAGCUCCAGAAUUUGACAGAACACUUCGUGCACAACAAAACUGUGUGGAGUUUUAUCCAGUAUUCCUGACUGUUCUCUGGACUGCAGGAUGGUUUUUUAAUCAAGAAUUAGCCUCCUUCCUAGGUUUGCUGUACCUGUUUGCCUGCUACAAGUACUUCCAUGGUUACAUGCAGUCAGUGAGAGGAAGGUUAACAGGUUUUUAUUUGAAUGUAGUGAUUCUGGUUCUCUUAAUAACCCUGGGUGCUGCUGGGAUUGUUAACAGCUUUCUGGAUGAAUACCUGGAAUUCAGCAUUAUGAAGAAACUACAUCAAUUGUUCUGA